CCUUCUUUGGCUCCGGCGACGGAAGUCGGGCGCUGACGUCACCCGGGCGUUCGCAGCCAAGAUGGCGGCCUCCGUCUUGAGGUUAGCGAGCCGACGUCUCUGUGUCCGCCUCAACGCGGGAUUCCCCAUGCGACAUGUGCUCCCCGUGACAACGUCGGCGAAGGAAGAAAUGGCCAAGUUUUGGGAGAAGAACACUCAAUCUAAAAGGCCUUUGUCCCCGCAUGUCACCAUUUACGAGUGGUCCCUGCCGAUGAUGAUGUCCAUCACUCACCGCGGGACUGGCGUGGGAAUGAGUUUAGGUGUGUCGCUCUUCGCGUUAAGCGCCUUGGCUCUUCCUGGACAGUUUCCCGACUACCUGGAUAUGAUUAAGUCGCUCAGCCUGGGACCGGCUCUAAUUUAUUCUGCCAAGUUUGCUUUGGCCCUACCGGUAACUUACCACACCUGGAAUGGGAUUCGGCAUCUGGCCUGGGACAUGGGCAUCGGUUUCAAGAUACCCCAGCUCUACCAGUCCGGUGCCCUGGUCCUCAUCCUGACGGUUUUCUCUUCCCUCGGGAUUGCAGCCAUGUGAAGAGAUACGAAACACGCCUCCCCCCCUGCUCGUUCCCCAGCUUUUCUAACUUUGCAUCCCCGCAAAGUUAGUCCAAUCAAGGACUUCGGUUUCUAAGUUAGGAAAAUAAUCGGUUGGGGGGCCGAAGGGCUGAAAUGGGCCGAAUUCACAUUUAUUACCACUGUUGUAAUCCUACGGAGACAAUUCUAGUAGGACUUUCUCAUGAUGAUGAUGAUUUUUCUUAAUCUAUUUUCUUUUCAUCGCGAGAGGCCACAGUUUUACCCGAGGGAUUCUUGAAGGGUGGGGGGGUUCUUCUUUAAAUCCCACCGCUUUAAAAAAACGCGCCUGGGCUUUUAGAAAACUGACAUUCUCCCACCGAGCCAAACGCAGAACCGUCUAGCUCUCCUCUCGCUUUCUCGGAACAAUCCUUCCCUUUGAAAGAACCACGGGGCAGCGUGCAAACGGGCGUGGGCGUCCCACCCAUGUCACAAAGGACAACAUCGUCCAUUGAGAGCAAGCUGGCACGAACGAGUCACACAAGCCGAGGUGGACAACCUCCAGUCUGGCCAAUUGUUGUUAUUUUUUUCCAAGUGGGCCCGGGGCUCGGAGGGAGGAGCUGGGGUGGGGGAGUGAAGGCAGCCUGAAAUCUUGCAGUUUUCUUUCUCCCUUCUGCAGGAAACAGCCUCUAUCUUUGCAUUAAAUUUUGGGGGACGCUGGUUGAAUCAAUUGUCGAAUUUACUGUUCCGGGUAACCGGCCGUUUGGCUCGGUUUUUAAGCCGACGUCGAGAAAAGAUUUUGAGCCUUCCGAACCCCACCCCCCCCCCCCAAAAAA